AUGCCUCUUGGUACUAGUCUUACUGCAGAAAAGCUGGAGCCUUACUCUCAACGCCUUAUUCGCGGGCUUAUCAAUUCCAAGAUACAGGUCGUCUCCUAUGCAUGUGAUGGCACCGAAAUCGAGCGCAAAAUUCAAGCAUUACUUGUGACGAAUGGCGAUAGCAGAAUUGAAUAUGCCAUUGCCCCGCCUAAAAGCUCUGGUGAUGUGCUCAAAUGUGUCGUGCCCAUUUUCGACAGUCAACCUGUUGCUAUGAUUCAAGACUCCAAACAUGCUCUCAAAACCUUCCGGAAUAAUCUCUACUCAGGCGCACGCCUCCUUGUCCUAGGAAAUCACAGUCUUUUCUAUGCUCAGAUUCAUAAACUUGCUCAUGAUCCAGGUACCCCUCUUUAUCGCCGGGAUGUUGAAAAACUUGACCGUCAGGAUGAUAAUGCCGCGAUGCGUUUAUUCUCCGCUGACACUCUACAGUUUCUGGGUAACCAGAAUCCUGAAUGGGUGGGGCUCGCUGUGUAUUUGUUCAUCUUUGGUGAAUUGGUGGAUGCAUACCAGAGCCGUCGAAUCAACCAUGCUGAGCGCCUUGCUAUGGUUCUUCGCGCUUGGUACUUCUUGAAAUUGUGGGACACCUUCUUGGACACUGCCGGUUACAAGAAGGAAUAUCUUCUUUCUCGCGAAUGCUUAGAUAUUACAAGGAUUCUUAUUGAGGGAUAUGUUUCACUACUGGUUAUCUACCGUGAUCAUAUGUCGGAACAAGUUCCUCUCAUUCCUCAUCUCCAUUCCAGUGAAACUUGUGAGCACUGCAUUGGAGAAUCUCGGAAAAUUGUGAAAGAUUUCUGCUAUGCCGAUUUUCUUUACAUGAUUCCGAAACUUCAUGUAGCCGUGCGACAAGCAAAUCUGCAUGCACGGGCAGCAAAUGGAAAAGCACGAGCUAGUGGCUACUGUCACACGUACUUUGAUAACUCUGGCCUGGACCCACUUCUCCUCGCAGUUUUUCCUGAUGACGAUCAAAUACACACCCGGAUAGUUCCCAUUGCUUUUGACGAGGCUGACCAACUCUUUGUAGCAUUGGGCAUCCAGCCCAGUCGGCUUCGAAGUCUUCAUUCCCUAAGGCAACGGGGAACAGUACAGCUUCCUACCAUUUCCUUUUGGUAUAAAGAGAGACAGCUAGACGAGGAAAUGGAAUUCGAUGAGGAUGACAGCUCGAUCUUUGAUCCUUUGAGUGAGGCUGAUGAGCUUCAACAGUUACUUCAACGCAGCGAAUCCGAUGAAGUACAAUCAGCAGGGACACAAAAACAGCUGGAAAUUAUCCAGAGUCUGAAUUACGCCGCAGCUGCUCUCCAUGUCGAUGAACAUAUGAAAGUGCAAGCCUUUGCAGAUCAAGUUGAAGAUGAUGAUGAAGUGGACGAAGAAUGCCUCGAACUUCAUCACUACUGGACGGCAAAUGUUACAGCCCCACCUCUCCAUCCAGUUGUCACCAUGCCGAGCAUUUUUGGUCAACAAGGGAUUCCUGUCACUGCGUCGUCUUUUGAUUAUUCCAUCCUUGUUGAUCUGCGUCGUGCGCAUCAGACAUACCAGGCAGAACAUGGAGUGCGCACGACCCAAUCAGUACAAGUACCAAAUAAGGAUUCUGCUCACAUGAAGAUCAUCAAGGCAAUGCGGGACAUCUUGAAGGAAACCCAGGAGCGCGGAUUAACGACAGGUCUUGGCCGUUCAUUCAGAACCAAGGCUUUGGGCUCGAAGGCAGAUGUCCCAAUUCAAAUGGGGAAUUCUGCAAAUGCAGCAGCGGUUGCGUCUUCCGAUGCAAAUGCGGUUCGGAGUUUUCAUCUCUAUCUUGAACAAAACAACUAA